UCAUUAUUGUGUCGUUGCUCCAAAAGACAAGGCAGAUCACGAGUUGUGCACUCUUAAAGUCAAAUGAGAUCAUCCUCAUCAUCAUCAUCAACACACAGGCGCCGUGUUUCGGUUUUCCCCCCUUGCUUUCUCUCUUACCAGCCGGUUACUCCUUUUUCUCGUUGGUUUUCGGCCAAACGUAAGAUUUUGUGGGAAAGGCUUACAAAUGCUGGCGUGUUAUUCUCGCUGUUGAGAGGCGCAAUGGAUAAGAUAGCGACCCCGCGAUUUGCUUUUUCUCUCCUAAUGAAAGUUAUUAGUUCUGUGACAGUCGAAGGGGAAAGGGUGUGUGUCGGUGUGUCUGUGUGCUAACCACGGGACUCCGAAGGCCAAGUUGAAGUUUAAAGCCAGAAGCCCGACAGUAGAGUUUGCUCAGCAGAAAAUGGCCGCAGGCUCGCCGGCAUGAAUUUGACAUCUACACCGGCAGAGGCGCUCCCUCCCCGGCAGAACUCUUAGAUAGUGCGCGGUAGACACAACCGGGAGUUCGGCAAUGUUUCAGAAAGAGCUUUUUAAACUGCAGGGACAUGUCAUGUUCGAGUAACACUAGCAAACUUGUCUUGUAAAUAAAAAAAAGUAGCAGUGUCGGAAAUGAGCUGUGCUAGACAGAUAAAGCAACCUUUAGCCAAGCAUAUGUUUGAAACUAUGUUGCACUAUUAUACUAGGUUACUUCCAUGUUUUUGGAGCGUUUGCACUGUACCACACGCUUGCAAGUAAUCUGAAGUAGGCUAAAUACGAUGCCGCAUGAAAGAUAUGUCAUAAAUCUUAGUGUGCAUAAUAACAUAGAGUAAUGCUGUCAUGGAACUUUUUUGUAUGGGUAAGAAAUGGCUCGUUUGCCCUUUAAGGGAAGGCAUUCAACAAGAGACUUAAUAACUAUAUUACUCACUACUGUUGCAUGAUAAUUUACGCGUGUUAACACAGACUAAUUACGAUAAUCCUAAAAUGUAUACUCAAAUUUGCUCUCUGGAGGGAUGUUUUAAGUUUAUGUAAACUUUCAGGAAGUAUACGUUUUUCUCUCCCUCUUUAGUUUCCAGGUUAAUAACAGAGUGUUUAAUAAUUUCUUUUUUUAGAGUAAAAAAAAUUAUUGAUUUGUUGAUUUAUUUUAGGCUAAUAGUUUUUAUGCUCAUGUAUAGGCUAUUGUACUGUUCAUAUAUUAAAAAUAAUACACGCAUGAACCUGACCCCAAAAUACGUGACAGUUUCAGAAUAAGUUUAGUAUAAAUUAUGAUAAUUCUGGAUAUGACAGGAUUGGUAAUUAUUGGCGUAAUUCUGUAAUUUUGAGACGUCGGGAGUGUGUGAUAGACAGCUCUCUCCCUGGUCGUCCACAGUGCGCCCAGUGCAUAUUCAACAGAAAUAACAGGUGGUGUUUACACUUUUCGUUUCAAUAGCCUGUCUUGUUUUACACUUUCAUGUAAGUCAGUGGACGCUUAUUUUAAUUUAUUUGAUCUCCUAUCUAAUAAUUUGUGCAAAAGUUAGAUUUAUGAAACUUCAAAAGUACACCUUUGAGUUUUUGAUUUGGCAAGCUAUGCCUUUUCGUUACUAGCUAGGCUAAUAGAUAACUUUUAAGUGAAUAUAUCUGCAGCGAAGUGCCAUGUUAGUCUUGCAGUGACUUAUAAAAAGUUUGUGGCUCUCAAACUAUAAUAAAAAGAAAAAAAGGCUCGUUCAAAGACGCGCGCGCUAAAAUGCAUUGAUUUCAUCCUAUAUAUUAUAGUCAUAAUUACAGUUUUAUGGAUUUAUGUGUCAUGGUGACAUGUAAAUCUAGUUUUUGAAUUGAAAAUGCUCACCCCUGUGUAAAGUAAUAAAGGUAUUGCCUUAUCAGGUAUUUUUUAUGGAAUUUACGCGCGCUGUUUUUUUUAUCCACUCACCUCACAUGAAGCGAUAAGCCUCGAACACUUUGUCAUGAAUGGAUGCAUGCAUGUGCGUUCUCUGUGACGCAAUGUCCGCGCGAGCCUGGCUCUAAUCGCCACUUUAGCAGUGCGUGUUGCAGUGAAAUAGUUUGGAAUACGCGCGCGGGUGAAGCGCGCACAACGUUCCUGCGUCCGAGCUGGAUCAGCGCGAGAGGGAAGAGCGGUGCGUGCGCACUGGCGAACAGGGGAGAAAGUCGAUUGCCACUUUCUUUCGCACCAUAUGAGCUCCAGAAACCGUGGCAAAUAACUUUUUGGGGUUAAUUUCACGGACUUAACGGAUACCCCUGGACAGUGGAAACCACAGUUAGCCUCUCUUGCUCCUUCAAGUACUUUCUUUGGGAUGGGCUAUUUUCAUAACGUCAUUUCAUUCCUCCCUCUUUUUCAUUUUCUCUUUCUUUGAUUCUUUCUCCCACCAUUUCCUAAAUGGAACAGAUUGCAGCACCCCACGCGUUUUCCUGCAUGCAAAGUUUGGUUUCAAGCGUGUACACCGUUUGCGCGUUCGCUUUUGCCGGGCGACCCUUGAUUUAACGGAGUCGAAGUGGAAGUCAGAAGUGACGGCGGUGGAAGUGUUAAUCAUGAUGAGGCUUACCAUGAUUAACUGUGAAAAAUGAUCCACUAACUUGUCGGUGUUUUGCCACAUUUCAAGUCACGCGCUCCCCUUUCAACAUGAUGUAUUCUCCUCUCUGUCUAACUCAGGAUGAAUUCCAUCCGUUCAUCGAGGCGCUGCUGCCGCACGUGCGUGCCUUCGCCUACACCUGGUUCAACCUGCAGGCCCGUAAACGCAAGUAUUUCAAAAAGCAUGAGAAGCGAAUGACCAAGGAUGAGGAACGCGCGGUCAAGGAUGAACUUUUAGGCGAGAAGCCUGAAGUUAAACAGAAGUGGGCGUCACGUCUUCUCGCAAAGCUCCGUAAAGACAUCCGGCCGGAGUGUCGAGAGGACUUUGUGCUGUCCAUCACAGGGAAGAAGCCUCCAUGUUGCGUCCUCUCGAACCCAGACCAGAAGGGCAAAAUGAGGCGCAUUGAUUGUCUGCGGCAGGCGGAUAAAGUUUGGCGUCUGGACCUGGUGAUGGUGAUCCUGUUCAAGGGCAUCCCGCUCGAGAGCACAGACGGGGAGCGACUGGUUAAAGGUGGCCAGUGCUCCAAUCCCAUCCUCUGCGUCCAGCCUCAUCACAUCAGCGUGUCCGUUAAAGAGCUAGACCUCUACCUCGCGUACUUCGUGCAGGAGAGAGAGGCUGAACAGAGCAGUAGUCCUCGCACAGGCAUCGGUUCAGAUCAGGAGGACAGUCGAGCCGCCACUAUGGAUGCUCCGGAGUUUCAAGACAGCUUCGUAACUUCGGGUGUCUUCAGUGUAACAGAACUGGUGCAAGUAUCAAGAACACCGGUGGUGACGGGCACAGGGCCGAACUUCUCUCUCGGAGAGCUGCAGGGGCAUCUCGCCUACGAUCUGAACCCUUCAGGAGUGGGAAUGAGAAGAACCCUUCCCAGCACCUCCUCCAGCGGAAGUAAGAGGCACAAGUCAGGAUCCAUGGAGGACGAUAUAGACACCAGCCCUGGGGGCGAGUACUACACCUCUCCCAACUCACCCGCCAGCAGCUCACGCAACUGGCCAGAGGAGAUGGAAGGAGGAAUCUCCCCUACAGUUAAGAAGACAGAGAUGGAUAGCCCGUCUCCUCAGGAGAGCUCUCCACGCCUCGGCUUCACACAGCACCACAGACCUGUCAUUGCAGUGCACAGCGGUAUCUCCCGGAGUCCACAUCCCUCCUCGUCUCUGCACUUCCCAGGCACCCCCAUUCUCCCCCAAACCGCCUCCACUUACUUCCCUCACACGGCCAUCCGGUACCCGCCGCACCUCAGCUCUCAAGACCCGCUCAAGGACCUGGUCUCUCUGGCCUGUGACCCGUCCAAUCAACAGCCCAGCCCAGUAAGAUCAUCCCACGAAGCUUCCAGACACAACUCAUAUGACUUUCUGCAUUCAUCACACUUACAGAUGAGGCUGAAUGGCAGUGGUCAGGUGAAGGUAUCCAGUCACUACAUCUCCUCUCAGAUGCUGGCCCCCCCACCACCCCCCGGCCUGCCCCGUCUGACGCUGCCCCCAGAGUCCAAAUCCAGCACCACCUCUGCAGACGCAGCCUCCAGCUCACCCACAUCCCCCACAUACUCUGCUCCCGGGACGCCACCUGCCAACCGCCCCUUCGUAGGAAUUGGUUCUCGAGACCCUGGCAGUCUGUAUCAGGCACAGUCCUGGUAUCUGGGGAACUGAUUAUCACCACACACACUCAAAGAGACGAACCCGAGGAGGCACAGACGUGGAUCUGAAAAAUCAUUUUUGUGGAAUUUACAAGAGGAAAAAAAAGUCGUGAACGAGAUGCAAGAGGGAAAAUCUGAUAUAUAUGCAGUAUUUGUAUAUAUACACACGCACACAUAUAUAUACACAAUAUGUGUGUAUAGAUAUAUGUGCACACAUAUUUAUAUAUGCAUAACGACAGUAUAAGAUGCUUCAAUACACUUGUUUUUGAAAAGACUGGAGAAGAAAUGGAGAAGAGCAUGAGAGAAAACGGCCAUAGAAGAGGAGACAGAAGAGGAGGAUGUUUGUUUGUUUUUAUUCUGGGAGGGCAGCCCGAACUAUGGCGUACAUUGACGGACAUGUUGGGAAAAAAAGGCCCAUCCUGACUCCUGGAAUGCCUCUCCUCAACCCCCUCCUUCUGCUACAGGUGCUGCUUCCUCCUAUAUGCAAAAUAAGUAUCCUUUAUUUUCUUAACGAACAGGGAAGAGAAACCUCAAGGAAGGGGUUUUUCCGCUAGCAUUUCGCCACAGGUUUGGAGGUGAGCACGGUCUGUUUUGAUUCUUUUCUUUUUCUUUUUUUGUAAGGCAACACGACUUGGAAAAGGAAAAACGGAAAAGUUUGAUGCUUCCGCUCACACGACAUUUCGGAAAACAAAAACGAAAAGGCUACUUUUCAUCCACUUUUAUUGACAAUCAUGUACCCGCGUCCUUGCUUUGGUUCAGAGGCGAAAUUGCAUUCUCCACCGUUUCUAAAGGAGUCCACUUUUUGGUGGACACCCGUCAUGCUUUUUGUACAUCGGAGGAAUUUUAGUGGUACCUCAGUGACAUUCUACAUCACAGUUAGCGUUUAUACACACACGCGCACACACACACACUUACAAGUAAACGCACCUAUUUCGAGGCAAUGGCUUGUACUGUUAAAGGCUACACGAGGUGUGUGUGUGAGCUGUAAUACAGCCUUCAUAGGACGACCCAGGGAAAAGCGGGGGUGAAUUAGCACCUUCCUCUCUUCGCAAUAUGAAAACCCCUCAUUCCCUGGACUCCCCUGUACAGUAAGUGUGUGUGCACGUGUGCGUGCCCGUGUGUUUGUGCGUGUCAUAAACAUUGGUAGUCCCUUAUUCAUCUCUGUGAAUGCACAGAUUUAGAGGGUUUUUGAUUCAUGUAGAUACGUGGAGUUUUCCACAUAGUGACAAAGGGAGUUGAAAUAUAGUUCUGUCAUUACUUAGACAGUAUUGGGUGUAGAGGAUAGUUUUUUUUUUCUCUCUCUAUCUCUAUUUGUAAUUUGUUGAAAUCCAUUGGAAAUUACAGGCAUUGCACUACUUUGAAUUUAUAAAUUCUUUUUUCCUCUUUUGCAAAUUCCUGUUUGGCCUAAUCAUAUGAAAUGCUGCGAGUCGAUUAUUUUUGUCAUGUUCUGAUCACUCGGUAGAUGAGGAGGGUUGCUUUCUUAGUCGCUGAUCAGAACGAUCUGACAUUUUCUAUGUAAAUGUGUCCACGUUUAUGUCAUUACUUUUAUACAAGUCCCAUAGUUCAAGAAGAAAAACAAACAAAGUUUUUUUUUUUCUCCCACGUUUCUAUUGCGAGAAACUAUGACUGUUUUUAUUUUGAAGCAGAUUAUACACUUUAAUCCGUAGGAAUGUCAAUGAUUUGGAUGUUUGACGUGAGAUAAAAAGGAAGUCAGUCUGUGAUUAUGCUCUGUUCCAGAGUUGACUGGAAGGCGGACGCCUUUGACCAGCACGUCUCCGGCUGGUUGCCUCAGAAAUGGGUUAUUCUGCACUCUGAGAUGUGUUGAUUUGUACUAAUGAAAUAACAUCAGGGCUUAAUCUACAACGCUACCGAACCCAAAUCACGAAGCCAUGAAAAGUGCCUGAGACAUUGCAAAACUUUAAUUUGAAUUUUGAAUUUUUUUUUUGCUUCAUCUACUGUGGUUGGUUGUUGUUGUUGUUUUAUAAGUUCGAGGGGUUGAUUUUAUGCCCAGAGAGAUAAACAGCCUAGCAAUCCCCCAAGCCCCUCUUUCAGCUGCAUGGACGAACGCUUAGCCACUGAAAAAUGCAGACGGCUGAACAAAACACACACACACCACUGCGUUAUAAUCCACCAGAACAUGACGAAAUCAACACAUAUCAGAGCUUUCCUAGGUACCUUCACAAACACAUACGCCAAUUUCCAAAAAUAUAUAUAUUGAUAAUAUCCACACACAACUCUGGUUGCUUCGGCUAAUCUUUUAUAAUGGCUUUGCAUACACAUUCUAUUGAGUUGACCCAGAAUACAUAAGACAUGACUUGUUUUAAUGGUGCUGAUAUGAAAAUUGUAUGGAAAUCUCUAUAUAUGAAUUAUAUAUAUAUAACAAUGCAUGGUGCUUUCAAGAGAAAACUCACAAGAAUUAAGCUCAGACGACCACCAUAUCGCUGACAUGGGCGCAUGGCAGAUAAUCUUAGUAUUAGCUCUGAAGCGAAAUGCUCCUGACUUCUCCUUCAAGACCCCCUCGAGCAAAGAGCCAAUGACACAGAUGAAUUUUACCUUUGUAUUACAUUGGUUUUGACGUUUAUCCCUCUUCUACUUUGCACGAUAUUUUAUAAAACAUAUUAUGUGCCUUGCCUUUAGUUAAGAAUGAUAAUGCAUAAUUUUAAAGGAUUCAUUUUGUUUCUUCUUCUUUUUUUUGAUGUAACCGGUGUCGCAAAGGAUUAAAAAUGCUGCAUGUUUGAUUGCCUGUCAUAAUCAGAUUAAGACUAACAGGUUACCUGAUAGCUGUAGUUUUGGAUGGGUGAGAGAGGCUUUUUUUUAAAUCACCGUAGUCAGCAUGAAAUAUUCCCUGCUUUAUUUUACCGCCGUUUUAUGUUCAUGUAUUGAGAAACAGUAUAAAAAAUUCUGUGAAAGAUGCAGUACCAGCUCUCUCCAUAUCUGACUUUUUAAUUCCCUUUUCAUGUUAAACGUAUUAGUUUUGAUUGUGUUAUCAUGUUUUUAAAUGAGUUUUUACCCAUUAUGGAUGUGAAGAGGAGCGGCCGGAGAUGGAUUCAAAAUUAAAUGGCCGUCCUCUAUAAACUUCGUUUUGGUCAAGUUUAAAUUUCACAACUGAGCACUUAUAGCCCCCACAGUGUGAUUUUUGCCUUUUAUCCAAUGUGUUUCUGAAAAUCUAGGCAUUUCUUAGCCCGAUAGUUCACCCAAAAAUAAAUGUGUUUGCUCUUAUGUUGUUUCAAACUUGCCGAAACAGUCAACCGUCUUGCUUUUGGACCCCUUUGACGUUCAGUGUAAGGUUUCGCAACAACAUGAGUGUGAAUGAAUAAUGGCAAACUGUGAACUGUCACUUUAACCCCUGUAUAACACUGGCUGCAGUAGGACAUGUAGUAACGUGUGACGUAAAUGAUUUUUUACAAUUUACGAUUAUGUUGUUUUACUAAUCAAAUCCCUUGUAUAUGUUCUUACAUUAAUUCUAGAAGAGUAGCUCAAACAUAUUGUGUCCAGUUCUAUGUACAGACACAAGAACAGCAAAACACACUGUACUGCUGACUUGGCGUCUUCUUAGAAAAUGAAUUAAUCCACCAGAAUGCUUCUUCUUUUUCUUCUUCCUCUUUUUAUAAAAGUAGAUGGUAGGAGAUAAUUUAUAAUUGGUAGCGUGUAGUGUCAGGGGAGUUUAUAUUGCGGAGGAGAAUAUAUAGUGUAUUUCUGGAGCUGGGUCAGGAGAGGCCAUGUUGUAGUUUGUGAUGCAGUGUACAGUAUUGUUUCUGCAAUGGAUAUUGCAACGCUGGUAGCUAACGCCAUUUGCUGGUAGCUAUUUGAGAAAGAACAAGAGAUUUUGUUUACAUGACACCCGUGGUAAGAUCUCGAAUGAUUUGCGAGCCCGUCGUCCUCAAUCCUGGCCAAAAGUCGGAGUCCUAAAGCAGAACGGCUCUCCUACACCAUGAUUCAAACUUUUGCAGAAGUGCUAGCAUCAUUCAGCAAGCAAUUUUCCUUGUGUUUAACAGGACAGGCAAUGGAACAGGGGUCUGUUUUGGAGAAUUGGGAUUGUUUCAUGCUAAUUUUAGGGGUUAUUCCUUUUGGGAACAGACUCUCAUGAUCCACUGCCUGUCCUGUGAAGAUUUGCACUGCUCCAUUUUCAUCUUUCUAAAGCUGUCAACCCUCUGGCCAGGAUAGGAUGGUGGGCUCCGUCUAACAGGGGUGGUUUUCGCCAGCGCAGUAGCUCUGUGAUGAGCUCUGUGAGCAUGCCGUCGUCUUCUUCGUUUGCUUUUUUUUGUGUGUGUGUGUGUAUGAUAGAAUUGGCUACAGAUGGCCGAGAGAUGGAAACACUUCAAGAGUGGGUUGUUACCCCGAUUUGUGCUUUUUAAAGUGGCCACAGGUGAUGAUUGAACUUGCUAUGAUGCGAAUAAUGCAUGUUAUUGGAUGAAACAUUAUCUUACUGUUUGAUUGCGAAAUUCUUGACUAAUAAUUUUUAUAGGUGAUUAUCAUUUUUAUGCGUGUCGUUGAAUUGUGUAUAAAUGCUUAACCAUAUAUUCAGUAGAAUAAGAAAAAAAGGUGAAAAUGUACAUAAAAAUCACUUUUUGUAUGAGAAUUUCUUUUUUUUGUAUGUUUGACUUUAGCAGUCAUAAGCUUGUGGUCAAGCCACAAAAAAAAUUUGAAAGCUCCUUCUAAAGGAUCUGCUGUUGAGAAUUUACGUCAGCACCAUUCGCAUACACUUUUCACAGCGUUAUUUUGAUCAUAAAAAACGGUAAAUUCAGCAUCACUUGUCGUCAUUUUAAACGGAGCCAACAGCUUCAUCAAGCUUUGAGAUGUUUAUGCAGAUUCCAUUGCCAUUUUUUUGUUGUUAUUUCCAAGACUUGUUUUAAAACCUCUGCACUUAUUUUUCCCUUUUUUUGUCAUGCUAGUUUCAAGAUCUUUGAACACUUUUUUUUCUGUACUUCUACUUGGAAGGUUGCACUAGAUAAUCUGGUAUUGAAUCUUUGUCUAAUAAUAAUUAAUAGUUCUUUCUAAGGUUUGCUUCUCUGGGAAUAUUUCUCAGCCUUGUUGAUGCAUCGUGAUGAAUAAUGAUGAGAAUGGAAGAAAGAUGAGACGAAGCUGCUUAAAUGCACCCUUUUAUUUACCUGUUGUCAUUUGUGAUAAAUUGACCCUUUAUGAUGUUGAAAUCACGCCAGGUUCCUGUGCACCGCAAACCUUAGAAGUGUGAACUGGAUUGUUGAGAAACAUUUUCGAAAAUAGCCUUUCUUUUUCUGUUAAAAAAAUCUAAACAUCUCUAAAACAAAAUGGAUUUACAUGACAUGGUAGGAGACUUGAUCUUGUGAAGUUUCACAAACUAAUGCUGCAGUCACACUAGAGUUUGAACUUGUGAAAUUCUGUCGUAUGGCGCUACGAAAAAGGGGUGGGAUUAAACAGGAUGAUUAGACAUUUAAAAAGCGAGCCAUUGGUCCAUGUUUUAAAUUUCUGUCCAGAGAGGUCAUGUUUUGAUCUUCGAUUAGUCUCAUGCAAUCAUGUGAUCCAAUUUCGCAGGUUAGAGUUCACCAAGCUUGAACUUUCAACGCAGCGAACUGUGAAACCUAUAGCAGGAGCUUGCGUUUCCAGACACAUUGGCAUGCGUAUGAAUGGAAGUCUACGGGGAGAAAAGUGCAGUGUGACCCACAGCUUAAUUUCGAGAGGAGCAUGUGAUAUGAUAGAUUGCGGCUGGUCUCCCAUCUGUAAUCAUUAGUAAGCCAAUCAGAUUAAUCUAACUCACUAUAAAUAGCCUGUCUUAAAAUUACCUUCUUUUCUUAAUAGAAAUUACGUUUAAUAAGAGUACCCCCAUCCACCCCAUCUCCCCCUUUUCCUCCUUCCCCAGGGGGAGCUCUCGAGAACUACCUGAUCUUGUACCCCCUUACAUGCUUAUCGACCAGGCGGGAGCCCUGGCUCAAUUAUCUCCGAGCUCAAGGUUCUCUCCCGGGACAGCAUGCCAAACCUGCUAAUAUUGUCAAGCAAUAUCUAAGUGCUUGUGAACUCGUGAAAUUAGGUUUAUUUGUCGUUCCCAAUGGCACAGUUUUUUAGCUAAUUUUAGUGAUUGUGUUCGCCAAUGGGAUGAAAAGAAUAAACUUCAAGAUAUAUAGAUUUAAAACAUAUUUAAAAGUUGUAAAUGAUGUUAAGCGUAUGAAAUACAAAAUACUAUUUAGUUUUUACUGGUCCACGAUGUCAUGUUUAUCUAAAUUUGUUUGUUAUUUGUUAAGAUAACCAGCAAUUUAUGAGUGGAAAUUGUUUCCACACCAUUUUCUUCAGUUUACUGUUCAAAGGUUUGGGGGCAGUAAGAUUAUUUUUUCCUCUUUUUGAAAAUUAAUACUUUUUAAAUUAAAGAGACAUAAAAGUAUUAAUAGUCAUAUUAAAUACAUUUCUAGUAGCAUUUUGAUCAGACAGAUUUUUUCAUUUCUACAAUCUUACCUCAAAUCAAUCAACCCCAAACUUUUGAAUGCUUGUUUACAAUAUAUGUUGUAUAAUGUAUUUAAAAUAAAUUAGGGGUGUUUAAUUCUUUUUACCUGAAAAAGUUUUUUUUUUUUUUUGCCAUAUAGUUACUUUGGCCGCCUGUAGACAAUCAGUGGCAUGGCUAAUAGAUUUAUGGUGUGUGCGUGCGCGCAUGUGUGAGUGUGUAUGUGUGUGUUUGUGUGUACAGACUAACAGAUCUAGCAGGACUUUAGACCUCACUCUUCUGAGUGCCUUCCUAGAUUCAGCCUGGAGCUGUUGAAUGUGGGUUAACGCUGUGUGUUCUUCUCGUUUUCUACCAUCAGCCCACUCAUGCCUGUAUUUACCAGAAUCGGCAGAAUGUGCAUCACUAAAAAGAUUGUUUAACUCUGAGGUCCAGGCACUUUAAUUAGUCAUUGACACAUGUAAUUAUGCUGAAUAGAAUGUAGAUUUCCUUGUUCACCCACUGACAUAAACAGGAUGUGAGGAGAUUCUACUCAGGCACUCAUAAAGAAUUGACCUAUCGGUAAGCUGUGCCCCACAGAUACUUAUUGCUAACUCAGACAAACAAAAUGCAAUUGCUAAAUGUCUUACAGAAUCUAGUCCCAAUAUGUUUUUGAUACAUUCUGAGGAGCUUUAAACAUUAUGAGGAGCAUAUGCCAUGUAGAGAUAUGUAAAAUAUUUUAGUUAUCGUCACUACCGCAGAUGACAUCCAGGAUCAGCAGUGUUCAUGUACUGCAGGGGAAGCUUAAAUAAAAUGAUAUCAACAUUAACAAGAUUACAUUUAACUAGGUUAAUAUGAAGAAGCGCUGAUAUACAUGCGCUGCUUAUUAGGGAUGCAACAAAAUAAAAAUUCUGGGCUGAAAAUGGAAACAGAAGCUUAAAAUGCUUUGUAAUAUGUAUUUAUUGUUUGAUUAAGUAUUAUAAAGUAUUUUGUAAGCUGGUGACACAGUUUCUCAGUGGUUAGCACAGUCACCUCACAGCAAAAAGAUCGCUGGUUCGAGGCCUGGCUGGCUCAGUUGGCAUUUUUUCAGGGUGCUCCGGUUUCCCCCAAAGUCAAAAGACAUGCGCUAUAGGUGAGUUGAAUAAACUAAAUUGGCCAUUGUGUGUGUGUGUAAAUGAGUGUGUGUGGAUGUUUCCAACCACUGGGUUGCAGCUGGAAGGGCAUCCGGUGUGUAAAACAUAUGCUGGAUAAGUUGGCAGUUUAUUGCGCUGUGGCGACCUCUGAUUAAUAAAGAGACUAAGCCGAAGAUUAAUGAGUGAAUUUUGAAAGCCCUUUUAAAUAUAGUCUAUUACCUUAAAUUACAAAAAUAAAAAAACACAAGACAAUAAAAUUACAUUAUAUUAAUAGUAAAAUUUUAUUGACAGCGAAUGAGUCGAGAGGUGUAAUUUUGACAGCACAGCAGCGCAACAGGAGCAAGCAUACCAUAUAACUCCUAAUAGAUAUUGACAUAGUCCUAUUGCCAUGUUAUUUGAGUGAACUUUGCUUUGAACUUCCAGUGAGCAUGUACGGCUAAUGCCUAAAUAAGUAUACGUGUACAAGAACAAAAUAUCCACACAACAGAAAAUUAAGCUUUUUGGAAUUUUGACCUCAGAGCAUAUAUAAAGCUAAUCAAAAUUGAUCAGCGCAGUGAUAAACCAGACUCGCCAGUGAAAUGAAUGGGUUUCAUACUAUGGUUUUAUUGCACAGAGCUUUCUGCAUCUGGUGUGAAAGCUGCUUCACACUGCACAGUGACUUUGGAUGAAGGGAGAGUGAAGCCAGAGCACUAAACUUUUUUAUGACAAAAAAACAAAAAUUCCAUUUUAAGCUAAUAAUCAUUAAUAAUUAUUAAUUAUUGUCAAAAAAAUGGUGCAUCCCUACUACUUAACUAACUUACCCAAGGCAGAGGCUGUGUUACUAUAUAGUGAUUUCUGCAACUUACUUUAGAAUGAAUGUAUACAUCCUUUUCGAUCUUCUGGACAUUAAAUUGUCUUGUUUAGUGGUUAGGAAUUGUUUUAGAUUAGUUCUACGGCUCAUCCUCUCAGGAUACCUGGAAUCAGUUUUACAAGCACCCCAGGCUCAUCAUUUCACUACUUUUGUAUCACAAACCCCAUCAAACAUCAAGUAUCAGAUCUUCCCAUGUUUACCUGUGGCGCUGAAACCUAAAUAUGUCUGAGUUCUCAAUCGCCAUUGGCUGAUCUGCAUUUAAGAGGAGGGGCUUACUGAUAGGUCGAUCAGACAUGAAAAAGUACCUUUCCUUGUGUGGUUUGUAAUACAAACCUCACAAUGCUGUGAACUUUGCAUAGUCGAAAGCAGAUAGAAAGGUGAGCAUGCGGUCAGAUCUUUGUUUUGUCUUUUGUUAGUAAGGGCUGGACAAACUCUUCAGGGCUGAAUGCAGUUUCUACACUUGAUCCUUACUUUUUCAGUGUCAUUCUGGCUGGUUUGGAACCCACAUUGACAGCUCAGUCAAACUGCUCAGCUGUAAUAAACUAAAGGUUUUGAGGGAUCUGGCGAUUGUAAAAAUCUGAAUACCAUCUAUGCAACAAAUCCUGAUGUUUUGCUAAUAUUAAGGAGUUCAUCAGUGUGUGUAAAGCUUAAUCUAGGCUUGAUUUAGCAUUAUAGUAUACAGUGACUAGUUAUGAAGGAAUAACGACUGCGUUUACUUCUGGUCAGAGUUAGCUAAUGGGGUGUUUACAAAAUGUUCACUACAUUCAUCAAUCAUUUUUUGUCCUCUUGCCAGAAGAGAUCGAUAGACAGCACUGCGAAUGAUUUCAUCUGUCUACAUUCUCAAAAAAUGUAUGCAUAUUAUGCUAUAAACUUUAUAAAAGACUAUUUCUGUAGUGGCAACACAGUGGCUCAGUGGUUAGCACUGUCACCUCACAGCAAGAAGGUUGCUGGUUCAAGUCAUGACUGGGUCAGUUGGCAUUUCUGUGUGGAGUAAUGCAUGUUCUCCUCCAGGUGCUCCGCUUUCCCCCAUAGCCCUAAGACAUGCUCUAUAGGUGAAUUGGAUGGAAUUAAAAAUUGCCCGUAGUGUACGGAGAGUGUGGGGUGUUUCCCAGUACUGGGUUGCAGCUGGAAGGACAUCCGCUGUGCAAAACAUAUGCUGGAUAAGUUGGCGUUGGUUCAUUCCACUGUGGCGACCCUUGAUGAAUAAAGAGACUAAGCAGAAGUAAAAUAAACGAAUGAAUGUUUCUGUAGCUACAACCAACUACUUUAAUUCAACUGUCAUUUGCAAUGCUUCAUGGGAUAGUAGUUCUUUUGCUAAACCAGUGGUGUCCAAACUCGGUCCUGGAGGGCCGGUGUCCUGCAUAUUUUAGUUCCAACUCCAAUUAAACACACCAGAACUAGCUAAUACUAGAAACCUCUAGACAGGUGUGUUGAAGGAAGUUGGAGCUAAACUAUACAGGACAGCAGCCCUCCAGGACUAAGUUUGGACACCCCUGCCCUAAACUCUCUUGUACUUCUGUCUUUUUGCUUCAAAUUAAAUUAGAAUUAAUUCCAGCUGAAUAGUUUGUUUAUAGGCUAAAAACACUUUCAUGAAGACUUUUUAAAAGCCCCUUUGUGGAAAAACGAUUGUGAAAAAUACAUCCAGUACCCAGCUGAAAAAGUAUACAAGUACGAUUGCACUCCAUGACAGUAAUUCUGACACAAAGUGAACGCAGCAUUCACACACUGGUCUUUGCGCAUUGGUCUUUGCCCAGGUCUGAAAGCGAAUCCUCCUUAGAGCGCAUUUGUGUGCAGGUGAGGUCACUGAUUAUUUUGGCAUUCCCCCGUUGAAAAGUGUAAUUCAAACUUUGCAGCAUUGUUUGAGAUUGAGCUUUGGGGAUGAUGGAGGGUUUCCACCAGAGUUCGAUGACUGUAGAGUUAAUGGCGGCACAGACAGUGUUUGUGGGAUACAGUACAGUUCAAUAUGAAUGGAGACCCAUCCUUAACAUUUGUAGAAUGGCUAGUUGUUUCGACGCUCCCUUAGCAAACCAGCAGUGCAAAUCAAAGUUAUAAACAGUGAAAUAAUAUUAAUAUUCAUUUUAAAAUGGGGUAAAUACACAAAUUUAACAUGCAGUGCCUGUACAGCUUUGGUUUCUUUUCUUCAACCUUGUGUAAUCCGUGUUUUUACUCUACUCUGCAGUGGUGGAAACAGCUUUUGUUAUUCAGAUGUUUUUUGUAUGUAAUCUUGGAUCCAAGUGGACAGAUUUGACAAAGCCUUUCACUAUCACGUUAUUAACUAACGUUUAAGGUUGUUAUGAUGCUGUGAGGCUUUUCUAAACCUGGCCCUAAGAUCGAAUUACCUGAAGAAUACCUGUUAGUCAGAAAAGCCAUUCAUAGGCUUUUGCGAUUUAUGCAAUAUUUUGAUAAGUCUUUCACAAAUGAAUUGCCAAAAACACCCUGACACACCGCCUGCUCCCGAAUGUUUGACACCCCCGAAAUUCACGCAUCAAUCUUUCAGGGUGCCCUCUUCCCAAUUUUUGUUUCAUUUCUAUAAAUAUCUCUACCGUUGUUGUUUCUUUUGUUUUUAAGCAUGCUGUUUUCUCGAUGCUUCGAGUUGAAAGGACGAAGGUUGAAAUGUUUUUCAGAGAGCAUUCUGAUGCAGUGUUAAAAUUUCAAGGUUUUUCGUUGGUUUUUUUCCUUCCUCUUUUUUAAUCACAUUAUUCUUUACAAAUAUUACCAUAGUAGUUACUCAUUAAACGCUUGCUUGCUGCACAGAUAAACACACUUCACACCAGGAAGGGGCAUGUGGACAUUUAGUUCAGACACAUUCACAACUGACACGGUGACAUGCAUCCGUCUUCUUUUGGACAACGCAUCAGAUUUUCGUUAUUUGUCUCUGUUUCUCGCUAAAUUGUAACCUAUCAGCAAAAGUCGGUAUGUACGUUUUUUGAAACAGAUGAGAAAAGACUUUGUUUUUCUCAUGCACAACAAACUAAAUUUGCCAUGUGUUUUUGAACUGGUGUGAGGGGGAAAUUACAGCUUUAACAAUAUUUCAUUAUAACAUUGUAUUCAGCCAUCGCUGUUCGCAAAAAAAAAAAAAAAAAAAAAAGAAAAUCGCUCAUGAAUACAGUACUGGAAGUGAGUAUGUUUCCCUAUGCAAAAAAAAUAAAUAAAAUGAAAAUGAAAUAAAAAAAUAAACAAAGCUAUGCUACAACUCUGAAAUGA